AGGCAUGCUGGAAGACGGGAAGAAAUUCGACUCGUCCCGAGACCGGGGCAAACCCUUCAAGUUCGUGAUGGGCAAACAAGAGGUCAUCCGCGGCUGGGAAGAAGGCGUCGCCCAGAUGAGCGUUGGUCAGAGAGCCAAGAUGAUAAUCUCGCCAGAUUACGCUUACGGGGCGACCGGUCACCCUGGCAUCAUCCCAGCAAACGCCACCCUAAUUUUUGACGUGGAGCUUCUAAAGUUGGAAUGAGCGAGAGGCCUCCGUCCUCCCAUUUCCCUGCUCUGGGGCUCGGCACACGGAGAACCCCAGACGCCCUUUGCUUCGAGAUGAAUGCACACUAAUCUGUAUGGAGCUUUCCCGGCUACCCGCCACUCUCUUGGUGUCGCCCUCCGCCCCCCUCCGGCCCCCCCCCAAUUUUGAAUGUUUCUGAGCCGCUCGGUUCCGCUUCCUCCGUUGACGUUUUGUUUUGGUAUUUUUUUGGGGUGGGGGGAACACGGCCCCUUUAAGAUGAGCGGAUUUCGACUCCCAGAGGAAUUCUGGGAGUCGAAGUCCUCCCGUCUUAAAGGGGGGCCGUGUUUGUGGGGCUUUCUUCCCCCCCCGGCUCUCUGCUAUAAACCUCAGCAAUUAUUAUUAUUAUUUUUUGUGGGGGGGGGUUGAAAAGGGGGGGCACAACCAUGUCCUUUUAUUAUUGGAGGGGUUUUUUGGGGGGGGGGUGGGGGAGUGUAGGCUCGCGUUGUACACAGCUGAGGCGGUCUAGUUGGUUUCCCUUCGAUAGAAAUAUAUAUAUAUAUAUCUUUUUUAUUUUUAUUUUGCAAGGAUCGUUUUUAAAAACGCCUUUGCCCGGCUGUCGCAGGGGCUUGAGAGAGGCGGGAACAUCCCCCUCCCCACCGGGCCUAGUAGACCCCCCCCCCGAGAGUUGAGAGGGUCCUCUCCUCACCCCCCCCAUCCCCUCCCCACCACCCCGCGAACCCCCUACUCCCAAAAUAGUUUCCCUUUGAGGAGAAAGACGGUUUUCUCUCCGUGGGCUUUUAAACGCCAUUUUGUUUU